UCCCGCCUCCCCGGGCGAAGGCCGCGGGGCCGCCGCAGGUGAGGCCGCCGGGGCGGUGCAGGUGUUGGGGGGCUGCGCCCGGUGGGCGCUCUCCGCCCUGCUCGCCCUUCUCCUCCUUCUCCUCCGCCCGGCUCCUCCGUCUUCUCCUCCCUGCUCGUCCUUCUCCUCCGCCCGUCUCGUCCCUGUGCCCCGCCCGGCGCCGGCUGCCCUUCGGACUCCGCGGCAGGUCCCUCCCGUCGGGUGAGCCGAGCGGGGCCGGGGAGCGCCCGAGGCCGGGCCGAGCGCCGGCCAUGUCGCGGAGCUCGCAGGGCGGGCGGCCCGGCCGGUCCCCGCUGCCCCGCGGGGCCAGCCCCGAGUCCGCCCCGCUGCCGCCGCCCCCGCUGCCCCUGCAGCCGCCCUUCGGCCCCGCCGGGGGCAGCCCCGGCCCCAGCGAGCCGGCCGAGCUCAAGCCGGUCCGGCGGUUCAUUCCGGACUCGUGGAAGAACUUCUUCAAAGGGAGACGCCAGCCCGGCUCCAGCUGGGACAGCACGGCCUCCGACAUCAGGUACAUCUCGGACGGGGUCGAGUGCUCGCCGCCGGCCUCCCCCGGCCCUCCGCAGCCUGGGGCCAAAGCCGUGCCCGGCUCCUACAGGGACCCUUACGGGGGAUCGGGCGGGAGCUACAACUCUCGGAAGGAGGCCGAGGCCAUGCUGCCCUCCGAUGACCCCUUGGGCUCGCUGGAGCGCCGCGCCGGCACCGGGCAGACGUACAGCGAGCGGGUGGAGGAGUACCACCAGCGGUACGCCUACAUGAAGUCCUGGGCAGGGCUGCUCAGGAUCCUCGGCGUGGCCGAGCUGCUGCUGGGCGCCGCCGUCUUCGCCUGUGUCACCGCCUACGUGCACAAGGACAACGAGUGGUACAACAUGUUCGGGUACUCGCAGCCCUACGGAUACGGGGCGGGCAGCGCCUACAGCGGAUACUCCUACAGCGGACCCAAAACGCCCUUCGUUCUGGUGGUGGCGGGAGUGGCGUGGAUUGUCACGAUAGUGCUGCUGGUGCUGGGCAUGUCCAUGUACUACCGGACUAUCCUCCUUGAUUCCAACUGGUGGCCUCUGACCGAGUUCGGGAUCAAUGUGGCCUCGUUCUUCCUCUACAUGUCGGCUGCCAUAGUGUACGUAAACGACACCAACCGAGGUGGGCUCUGCUACUACCAGUUGUUUAAGACGCCGAUAAAUGCAUCUUUCUGCCGUGUGGAAGGAGGUCAGACUGCAGCAAUCAUCUUCUUGUUUGUCACGGUGAUCAUCUAUCUAAUUAGCGCAGUGGUUUCUCUAAAGUUAUGGAGGCACGAAGCGGCUAGGAGGCACAGGGAAUUAAUGGAACAGGAGAUGAAAACACAGUCCUCUGUUCCAGAAAAUAAGUAUGAAGGUGAUGACAGACCAAGAGAAGAAGUCAGCUACAGGCAGCUUAAGUCAGUGGAAAGAAAACCAGAACUCCUUAAUGGUCAUAUACCUGCUGGCCACAUUCCUAAACCUAUAGUGAUGCCAGACUACUUAGCGAAAUACCCAGUAAUUCAAACAAAUGAAAUGAGAGACCGGUACAAAGCCGUGUUCAAUGAUCAAUUUGCUGAGUAUAAAGAACUGUCUGUGGAAGUUCACGCUGUAUUAAAAAAGUUUGAUGAGCUGGAUGCGUUGCUGAAACAGCUUCCCCACCGUCCUGAAAGCAUAUAUGAACAGGAAAGGAUAUCAAAAGUUCUGCAAGAAUACAAGAGGAAAAAAAAUGAUCCUGCAUUUCUGGAGAAAAAGGAGCGUUGUGAAUAUCUAAAGAAUAAGCUUUCUCACAUAAAACAACGAAUUCAGGACUAUGAUAAAGUUAUGAACUGGAAUGUAGAAACUUAGCUAUGCCUUCACUUCAUGGAUACUAUUUUCUGUUUUUUAAAUCGACAUGCAUAUUUUAACCUAUUUAUUUACUCCCAGAACACUACACCUAUGGGGAUUAGUUAAUCAUUCUGUCUCUUACUUAGAUGUUGUACAUUACUGGUAGGUUUUGUAUGAAGAUCCAAUUUUAAAUCAGUGUAAUUGAAGUUAUCAGAUAACUUAAGAAAACCUCUUCUAACAUUUCUGUUUUCAUUAGUGGAAAUCCUGGCCUCUUAAUAUGAAUGCUUUAUUUGAAAAUACUGUAUUUGCAAACUUGCAAAGUACGCCAGAGAAAGCAGUUCUAAAUACCACGUGGAAAUUUUGCACAGAAAUGCUGUUAACAAUUUCAGAUUUUAUUUGUAAGUGACUUUUAAUGAUAUCAGGAAGACUUGAGCUAUUCUUUCUGUCUGGGUUUUGAUGGAGUGCUUAAUCAUACUGAAUAAUUUUGGCCAUUCAGGAGCUAGUUUAAUAAGAAUUUUUGUAUUGUAUUUCCAAGUGCUGUACUGUGUGCCAGAAAUUGUGUUGAAUUUCACCCAACAAGAGAUGAAAAAUAAUUUCCUAUUUAAGCAACUGGGGGAGGGGCACUUGGGUUUGCUUUUUUUAUUCCCCUCUUUAGAGAUUAUGCAACAAAUUUAUACACGGCCUUAAAGGAAUAGAGAUACAGGAUGAGAGUUGCAUUAACGUCCCAUUAGUGUUGCUGUAGGUCAUUAUGCUCUGCAUGCCUUUUCUGGGUCAUGCUAUGAUGAGUACAGGUGUUUAAAGGCAAAACACUUUAUUCUUCAUUAGCAAGUAACAGGACAUCUGGUCUAGGCAGCAGAUGUCCGUGAACUUGGCAUUCAGAGAGUUAAGCCAAAUUAAUUAAUUCAAAGUAUAAACUGUUAGUAUCAUUUUUAAGGCCAGGUAAAAUGUAUUAACAAACAUUCUUUGCAGAGCAUAUCGACAUAAAUUCAAUAUAUAUUUUUAUAUUUUCUUGGGGAUAUUAUCAUGGGGAUAGGUUUGUAUGUGCAGAUGUUUUCAUAAGCCAGGAAACUUUGUAUCCUUUUUCACAUCUUUGUUAAUUAUUUUUACGUACUAAAAUUGUUAGAAGCAUUGAUAGUUUCUAUGUACAGUUUUUUAUAACCUGAAUUUGUCUGUUCUGAAAUGUAUUUUAAUAUAAAAACCCCGUCCAUAUUACUCUAUUGCUUAUAAAGACAUUUUGUUAGAAAAAGCUGCUCUGAUUAAGGUUAUUGCAAAUUUUUGUUAGUGAUCGUUUUUUCUUUAAAAGAAAGUUUUUAUCUUCUGCCUUAAUUUAAAGGAAAGACAUCAGGAAAGCCGUUUCCAGUUCAGAAUGGUCAUGGUAGUACUACCUCUGUCCUUCACUUCUGUUAACAUACCUCAGUCUGACACUUAAACCCCUUCUGACUUCUCAGCCCUUGUCAUUCACACUGCAGUCCUGAUGGCCACACACCCACCUUCAUACUUACGAAGCUGACAUUCCAAUUUUAGUAGCUACUUAAUUGCUAGAGUUUUGGUGGAUUAAGUAAAUAGCAUAAAACACCAUAGGAACACUGAGAGAAUUGGAAAACUUGGCACCUCCUCAUCUGAAAACCUUCAGUCCCAUCUACCUCGAAGGUGCCUCAACUUUUUCAUCAGUCUGAAAUCAGAUGACAGCCUUGUUCUCCCUCUCUAUUCAGAUGCCUCUCUCUCUGGUUUUGUAUUAAUUUGUAUUAAUUUCAAACAGGAAAUCUCUCUACCUUAUAAAGGAGAUGGGCCAAGUUCUUAUACCUGCUGCGCUGUAUACUUGUUAAACUGUUCUUUGUAAGAGAGGUACUUGUCCAAAUCCCCAAAAUCUAAAUAAAUGACCUCUCAUUGUACAUCCAGUUUUCUCUUUCUUUUCUCAGUGAGAGUUGUGGGCAUUGCAUCAGUUACAGAAGAUGAACGCAACUUUAAGGAUCAGCUGGUGUUCAUAAAGUCCUAAAAAUAAGCUGUGUGAUGUUUUCUUUGGAAGAUUUAUGGUCUGCACCCUUAAUAGGUCUUCCUUCCAUAGGACACUGACAUCCAGCCCCAGGCUCUCUUUUACAGUGGUCUUGAGCUUCAGUCUUUGAGGAACUGGCUCCUGGUCCCUCAGACAGUGUCUCCAACCUGUGAAGAACCAUCGUGCUUCCCCUUUCCUGCAAAGUUUCCAGCAAAGGAGCUGGGAAAACGGAACACCAUGCCUGUGGCUGGAACAGGGGAAUAAACCAAGUGGAGACAGCUGUAUGUGGAUAGCUAUGUUACUGGGUGUGGUCCAUGUUUCCUAGAAAGAUGCCACCCUUGUGGCCAAGGGGAUUUUC